UUCAGCUUUCUUCUUGUUCCUACAUACCCAUCUUCCCUCACCUACAUCAAACCUAGGGUUUCUUAUAUAUAUACACAUACAUCUAUAUUUAUUUAUGUAUUAAUUUGCACAAACAGGAAAAUAGAAGAAUUAGAAAAUGAUGUGCAGUCGAGGCCAUUGGAGACCUGCAGAGGACGAUAAGUUAAGAGAACUCGUCGAACAAUUUGGUCCUCAUAAUUGGAACGCCAUAGCUCAAAAGCUCUCUGGUCGAUCUGGUAAGAGUUGUAGAUUGAGAUGGUUUAAUCAACUGGAUCCUAGAAUCAACAGAAACCCUUUCACGGAGGAAGAAGAAGAAAGGCUUUUAGCGUCUCAUCGGAUCCAUGGGAACAGAUGGUCAGUGAUCGCUAGAUUUUUCCCUGGUCGCACUGAUAACGCCGUUAAAAACCAUUGGCACGUCAUCAUGGCUCGUCGUGGCCGAGAACGGUCCAAGAUGCGUCCACGUAGCCUUGGCCCCGAUGGUACAGCGGCUGCGACUGCGACUGCGAUGAUGAAUUAUAACGACUACGAUAAGAAAAGAAGACCAGCAACCGCAACCGCUAUUAAUUAUCCUUAUCAGUUCUCUCAUGUUAAUCAUUUUCAGUUCCUCAAAGAGUUCUUGACCGGAAAGAUCGGGUUUCGGAAUAAUAAUACUCCAAUCAAUGAAGGAGCAAUAGACCAAACCGAAAGACCGAUGGAGUUCUACAAUUUUCUCCAAAUAAAGAUGGAUUCAAAGAAAUCCGAACUGAUAGACAGUUCAAAAAAAGACCAAGACGAGGAUGUCGAUCAACGCAACCGCAACUGUGUUCCCUUUUUCGACUUUUUGUCUGUUGGAAACUCUGCUUCUCAGGGUUUAUGUUAAUUAGUACUCCGUACCACAUGUACUAAAGGUGGAUCAUAUAUGUUAAUUACAUGUAACAUACUAAUCAGUUAGAGGUCUUGUUUGAGCCAAAUGUGAAAAUUAAUUGAGGAAGCCCAACUUUUUCUUGUA